GAUAAUUUUGAGCCUUUUUUUGGGGUAAGUUUUAAUCUCACAUUCCAUUUUGACAGACCACUAAUUUAAAGUUUAUUGUUUUCCCUUUCAAAACGUGCUUGAGUUAUCAAGAUUCCCCGUAUAUAUUCUCAAAAAACCCAUUUUCUUGAGAUGCUUCUGUUAGAUCCCUCGAUUUUCCGAGUGUGUUUUGAGUAAUCCCUGUGACAAAGACAGGCGUGAGGCCAAGCAAUCCUUCAAGCAGCCAUGGAUUUGGUCAGUCAGAUGCAGAGACAGUUCGUUGACUACAAAAACUCUCUUUUCCGCGAGGGUUUCUUGGAUGAUCAGUUUAAACAGCUUCUGCAACUGCAAGAUGAGAGCAACCCAGGUUUCGUUGUUGAAGUAGUCUCUCUUUUCUUUCAAGAUUCUGAGAAGCUACUCAACAAUUUGGCCACUGCUUUACAACAACAGAUUGUUGAUUAUAAGCAGGUUGAUGCCUAUGUCCACCAGUUCAAGGGUAGUAGUUCCAGCAUAGGGGCACUUAAAGUAAAAAAUGAGUGCGUUGCAUUCAGAAACUACUGUGAUGAGAAGAACCGUGAACGGUGCGAGAAAUGCCUUGAGCAGUUGAAACGUGAAUACAUUGCGGUGAAGAACAAGCUUGGAACUCUGUUUCAGAUGGAGCGACAUAUCUUGUUACGCGGUGGAUCCAUCCCAUUGGAGUAAGUCAGAAUUUCUCCAAACACAGGAGAACAGAGAGAUUGCGAAGGGAUGAUGCUGUGAAGAGCUUCUAUGAGUUUGUGUUAGUUGACAAUCAAGGUGAUUUUGUGUUUGCUGGAGGAUUCUGUUAGAUUUAGGUCCACAGUCCAUAAGGAAAGAUUAGGGAUGGUGUGAUGAAGCAUAUUUACUUCUACCCUCGUGCUUCCUCGAAACUCAAUCUCAACAUUGGAAGCAUGUGUUCUACUUUUUUUGAUCAGAUGGAUGGAGCAUUUACUAUUAGAUAUCA